CUUUUACAUUCUUUAAAAAAACACUCCUUGAUUUCUUCAGCUGGCGGCUCUCACAAACUCCAAAGGGGAUCAACCAAGAAACGCUCAGCAUAAAACACCCAAACCCAAACCUCCAAAAGCCAUCGCCGCUGGGUCUCCCCUGCACCCUCACCAACCACGCGCCUCGCCUCCUAUGCUCGCCGGCGUCGGCCGCCGCGGCGAUGCCAACCACUACCAGCCCGCUGAAGCGCCCGUCCGCCGGCGGCCGCCUGCGCCGCCUCCUCGCCUCCCUCCGCCCGCCGGCCCGCGCGGGCCCGCUCCCCGUCCAGACCGGCUUCCCGACCUCCCUCGCCGACCUCGUCGUCAAGAACCAUGGCCGCCUCAAGAAGCCCAGACGGCGCCACCGCGCAAUCCCCGCGCCACCACCGGUGGCCGCCUCCGCCGCGGAGCUGGCGCCCCAGCAAAGGCGGGACCUUUCGGCGGCUCAGCAGGACGGGGCGGUGCCGGCACCGCCACCGUCCCGCCCCAAAGGCGCCGGCUUUACCGUCCGGCCGGAGCUCCUCGCGGUGGGUGGGGUCAUGGCGCUCGCACUGCUGGUGAUCUGGAGCAAGCGGCUGGUGGCCGCGGCGACGCUCGCGUCGGUGGCGCUGUUCUGGAUCGAGUCCUUCAGGUCGCCCGCCUCCCGCCGGCGGCCGCGGCCGGAGACGACGGAGGAGGAGCUCGAUUCGCAAGGCCGCGGCCUCGUGUCGCCGAUCCGGGAGGCAGAGUCGCCGGCCGAGACGCCCAGGCCGAGCUGCGCCGCCGCGCCCGACACGGGGAGCGAGUUCUCCUCCCUCUGGGCCGCCGACACCACCGACGAGCUCGCCUGCGACGAUCCGGGCUCCAUCAGCCCCAGCAAGAGGAAGGAGAAGAGGAGGUCGCUGCGGAAGCUCCUCGCCAAGAAGCUGCAGAACGGCAAGAGAGGCAAGGAUGGCAUGGACUCCCGCCACGGCGGCGAGAGCGGGCACCCGGUUGCUGGCGAGGUCAGCGCCCCCGAGCCCGCGGUAGCAGCCGCCCCCGCCGAGGAGACGGUGGCGCCAGCGCCGGAAGCGGUCACCGACGAUGGGCGCCACCGUCGGCAAGGGGGCGGUGCAUUGCCUCUGGCCGCGUUCGUGCCGGUCAUCCUCGCCGGGCUCGUGGCCGGGAAGCUCCCGGCGGUGGCGCUCACCGUGCUCUGCGCCGUGUUCUUCACCUCAGUGGAGAGAGCACCAGAUGUAUCUGUAGCUCAAGCGAGUGGCCAUGGAAGUGAUCCGAGGUAGCAGAAGCGUUCGGUCCGGAGUUCAGAGAUCAGAGCCUCAGAUUCCCCCGAAACCGAGGGAACCUUGCAGAUUUUUCUUUCUUCAUUCAGUUCGUUGUUGGUUGUAAAUUAGCGCCAGAGGAGAGGACACAAGCAAGUGUACACAUGUUCUUGGUUUCCUUUUUUUUUUGUCUGAACAUUUGUAAUUGCAUUCCUUCUUGAAUCCGAAUAAGAAGUGAAAUGACAAGAGAGAGAAAA